UGAAGUGUGUGACAUGUUUAUGUGUGAGUGUGUGUUUGUGUGUACCUGAGAAAGUUGUGUGAUGGGACAUACUCAACACUGCAAUCAAUUGUCCUUCCUCUGAGCAGCCCUGCGUUUCAUUCCUGAUUGCUCGGCUCUGUUUCUUCAGCAGGACUGUUGAAAGUUGUCGAAAACCAAGGAGAACAUUAAGGAUUAACAGAGACACUAAAGAAGCAGUGGUCAAGAUGUUGGUCACCAUGCUAACAGCCAUGUAUAUGGUGGUCAGAGUCGUAGAAUCGAUAGGGGUGCGGUUUGCACGGCAACAAGAGCCUUUGCCUUACAUGCUGUCCCAGCCUUUGCCUUGGCAUGUUCACUCAGUGUCACACAGUCGGAGGAGCAGCAAAGCAGAUGAGUUUGAUGGCCUCAGGAGGAACAGCAUAGGCGUGUAUAGAAAGAACUAUGUCUCCAUGGCAAUUGCCUCCGCCUCUCUGGCUGUCCCCUGUGUCCUGUCGUGCUCAGAAUCCAAUGCCAGCAAUGGAACGUGCACCAUGCCCGCUGUUCCUCCGCUCAGCCCUGUUGAAGUUGAGAAGGCCGCCGCCACCAUCCAGACCCAUUUCAGGAAGUUCCAACAGAAGAAGCACAAGAACACCAAGUAGAUGGACAAAGAGGGAUAGUGGUGCCGGUGCUUUAAGCCUGAGGUAGGACGUAUGUGGAUCCACCAAGCGAUGGAUGAACUCUGGGAUUGUGUAUACCCAUUGCAUACACAAAUGCAUAUAUGCCCUCAUAUGCAAAUGUCCAUAUAUUCAAACUUCAUGAUAAAAACUUAGUAGAGCUCCUGGAUGAGUGAUACAGUAUAAACAAAAAUAUACAGUAAUAGCUUACAUCCUAAACAGCUAAUAUUUGAAAUUCUAUGUUAAUAAUAGAUUAACUAUGUUAUAAUACACUAUACAUCUGAAUGAAUGUUAGUUUUGAUGUGCUGUGAUGACAGAGUGUGUGAGUGACUGAAUAUGCUGUGAAUAUAUAUAACUGUUUUGACUAAAUAAAUAUGUACAAAAUAAUAAUCAAAUAAUGUGUCAAUACUGUGUAUCUUUCAAAAACUGUCACAUUUUACCAACCUAUUUCAAUAAACUCUACUGUAAGCCUU